AAACGGCGCUUGCUGACCUCGACCAGAUCGGUGGGGUCGACGGUCGGUAGAAGACAUGGGAUACGGCUAUCCAGGAGCGGUUUGAGAUCGAACGGUGUCUCCGCCAUGGCUUGGGUCACGAUCUGUUCAAAGUCCACCUUGAGAGACGCAAUGGACUUUUGAUCGAACAAAGUCGGGUCGUAGAUGACCUGAGGAAAGCUGACACUAUCAGCGCCCUCCAAAAAGCAGAAGAAGAGAUCAUAUGGGCCCUCGACGGGGUACAGCUCACACUCCUCGCGUUCCAGCUUCGGAGACAGCGUCACAGCAACCUGCGCCCGCGGAGGCAUGCAGCCCUCCUCGAGGCACGCUUGCGACAGGUCCGUGAACGAGAAGCGCUCAUGUUUCUUCGCAGCCGACACGGUGGUCGAAAGCAGGCGGAGCAGCGCGUCGAAGGUGAUGGUGGACGAUGAUCGGAUCAGCUCAGUCACGGGGACGCGGAUCGGGAGCGCGUUGGCGAAGUGUCCCACGGUUCGAUCAAGGCCCUUGGGACGGCCGCCGAACGCCACGGUCAGCGUCUGGUCGCGGGAUGACCCUGGGAUUGAGUGCGCUUGGGUGAGGAGCGCGACUACGGCUAGUGCGACUCUGAACCACGACGUCCGAUGCCGUGCACUCCAUUGCGCCAGUUCCUGUGUGUAUGAUGCGGUGAGUAAACAAUCCUGGACACAGUGGAAGAAACAUCCGUACGUCUUUACUGAACUCGGACCAUCUCGAAAUCUCACGGUAGUUCUCAGAUCCGGAUGAUUUCGGGAGACCCUUCCACUGGAUUGACGAAGUGGACCGGCUUUGCGAGAGCCAAAACUCUCUGGCCAACUGGA